UGUUAUGUAGGCGGUAAAAUUGGCCAUAUUGCCAGGGCCUGUCGCAAUAAAGGUAAACAGAGGGGACGAGAUGUCACCGAAAAGAGAGGAAAAAGUAUGCGGCCAUAUAAAGCAUUUAAUGUCAGUGAAAGUAAUUAUGACAGUGAUGAAGCAGAGGAAACGUUCACUUUGGCAUGUGUUAAAACUGAGUCAGAGAAAAAAGUCAAGCCUUUUACUGUUGAAUUACAAGUGGAGGACAGACCUGUAGUUUUUGAAAUUGAUACAGGAUGCAGCGUAAGUCUGAUGAAUGAAGGAAUGUUCAAAGACAUUUGGAAAGACUCACACGCUCCUAAAUUAAGAUCUUCAAAAAUCAAGUUAAGAACGUAUACAGGAGAAGCACUAGAAAUAGUGGGUGUGGCUGAUGUUCAGGUGCAGUAUCAAGAGCACGAGAAGAAAAUGCCACUUGUUAUAGUGAAAGGAACAGGACCAUGCUUACUGGGUAGAGCCUGGCUGGAAGAAAUUCAGUUACCAUGGAGUGAGAUAAAAUUGGUACAGUCAGAUGUGAUGACAUUACAAGAAGUACUAUCUAAGCAUGAUGAAGUAUUUAAAGAGGAGCUAGGAACUUUAAAGGGCACCACUGCUACUCUUCAUGUGCCGGCUGAUGCUAGCCCCAGAUUUUUUAGACCUAGAUCUGUACCAUACGCCUUAAAAACUAAGGUGGAAGAAGAAAUUAAGCGACUGCUACAAAACAAAAUUAUCUCACCUGUUAAAUAUGCAGAAUGGGCCGCUCCUGUGGUUCCUAUCCUAAAACCAGAUGGCAGCAUAAGAUUAUGUGGUGACUAUAAACUUACAGUCAACAGAGUGUCAACCUUAGAACAAUAUCCUAUACCAAGAGUGGAAGAUCUGUUUGCUCGAUUGGAUGGAGGUAAGCAGUUCACAAAGUUGGACAUGAGUCACGCAUACCAACAAAUUGUUAUGGAUGACAACUCUAAAAAGUAUCUGACUGUAAACACACACAAAGGAUUAUUUACCUAUAAUCGGUUACCAUUUGGAGUUUCUUCAGCCCCUGCUAUUUUCCAGAGAACCAUGGAGGGACUGUUACAAGACAUUCCAGGAGUGGUUGUGUAUCUGGAUGAUAUACUGGUGACUGGUGUUACCCAAGAAAGUCACUUGAAGACACUAGACGAAGUGUUAGUGAGAUUGAAAGAAGCUGGCUUGCGCCUAAAACGAGGGAAAUGCACAUUUCUGGCAGACGAAGUGGAAUAUUUAGGCCACAAGGUAGAUGCACAGGGUCUCCAUCCUACAGAGAUUAAAGUGAAAGCCAUUGAAGAGGCACCUGAACCAAGAAAUAUCACAGAGCUUAAAGCAUAUUUAGGGCUGCUGAAUUAUUAUAAUAAAUUCCUUCCAAAUCUGGCAACGCUGCUAGCCCCCCUACAUCUGCUGUUAAAGAAAGAUGUUCAGUGGAUGUGGAAAAAGUUACAACAAAAAGCGUUUAAGGAAUCUAAAGCCCUAUUGAGAAAAGCCAAUGUGCUAGUGCAUUAUUCAUCUGAGUUCAUUAUUCAUGUGGAGAAACCUCUGGGAUUUAUGUCAAGAACGCUAACGCCUGCAGAGAAGCGAUAUUCACAGUUGGACAAAGAAGGCUUAGCUGUGAUUUUUGGCAUUCAGAGAUUUCACAGGUAUUUAUAUGGUAGAUCAUUUACAAUUCUUACUGACCACAAGCCCUUGAUUAAUCUUUUCAAUGAAUCCAAGGCAAUUCCUCAAAUGGGGUCACCUAGAGUACAGAGGUGGGCUGUGAUGUUACAAGCAUAUCAGUACAAAAUUGAGUACAAACCAGGUAAAUGUCAUCAAAAUGCAGAUGCUCUGAGUAGACUCCCAAUGCCUGGUAAUGGAGAACCUGAUGACAAUGAUGAUCAAGUACUAAUGAUGGAAUUAAUGGAUGAUUUGCCUGUUAGCGCUGAACAAAUAAAGAAAUGGACAAAACAUGACAUCAUACUCUCACAAGUACAUGAGUACAUCCUGAAGGGCUGGCCUAGCAUAGUAGAGCCACAGUUUUUACCAUAUUUUCAUAGGAAAGAUGCACUGAGUGUUAAAGAUGGAUGUGUCACUUGGGGAGCUCGAAUCAUUAUACCAACCCAGGGACGAGCUGCUUUAUUGACUCAGUUACAUCAGACCCAUUCGGGAAUGACACGAAUGAAAGGAUUGGCCCGAUCAUACAUGUGGUGGCCUGGAAUGGAUCAAGAUGUGGAGAGAGUUGUGCAGAAUUGUGAGGUAUGUCAAAGUUGUAAGAAGGCACCUGCUCAAGCUCCUUUGCACCCAUGGGAGUGGCCAGGCUCACCCUGGGAACGACUUCAUGUAGACUAUGCGGGCCCCUUUUUGGGAAAAAUGUUUUUAAUUUUGGUAGAUUCCCAUUCUAAAUGGUUAGAAAUUUACCCGGUAACACAUGCCACUUCACAAAUCACUAUUAUGAAAAUGAGACAGUGUUUUAGUACACAUGGAUUACCUAAAAUGAUUGUGACGGAUAAUGGAACAUGUUUCACAAGUGAAGAGUUCAAGAUUUUUAUGAAGAGAAAUGGCAUUCAGCAUGUUAUGUCUGCUCCUUACCAUCCUUCAUCAAAUGGCCUUGCAGAACGUGCUGUACAAACCUUCAAGGAGGGGAUGAGGAAGUUAACAGGUGACACUGUGGAGACAAGAGUAGCAAGAUUCUUGUUUAAUUAUAGAAUCACACCUCAUGCAACAACUGGAUUGGCACCUGCUGAAUUGUUAAUGUCCCGUAAGUUAAGAUCAACCUUUGAUUUGCUCCUUCCUGACCUGAGGACUAAAGUCCUACAAAAACAACAAAAACAAAGAGAAAGCCAUGAUAAACAUUGUAAAUUCAGAAGUUUUGAACCUGGAGAUUCCGUGUAUGUGAGGAACUACAGCUUUGGUCCAAAGUGGAUUCCGGCCGUAGUGGAAAGUUGUACUGGACCUGUGUCAUACAAAACUGCUAUUGGACAAGGACAAAUUGUAAAGAGACAUGUGGACCAAAUGCAAAUUCGUGGUGCUGAUGAGAUGCUGGAGAUAUUUCUACCCUCCGAGAAUGAACAGGGUGUCGAUGCUUCUGUCUUGCCAAAGCUGGAUUUUGCUAAAGCACCUGUAGGUAAAGAAAUGUCUGCAUUUGAGAAAGAACAACCAUCAGAAUUGUCUGUUACUGAGAACCAACAAUCCUCAGAAGUGCCUGUUGCUGAAAAAGACACUAAUGUUCACACAAAGCUGCGAAGAUCAGGAAGAGAGAGAUGCCCUCCAGCUUAUUUGAAAGACUAUGUUACAUGAGUUAAGUAAAUGCAUAAAAAUGAUCAGUACAAUACAUUGGUCCAAGAGUUAAUGAGAUCUGUGGGAUAAUGUGUUGUUAAUAUAGGAUUGUGUAACUUAUGUAAUUGCUAUUUGUAAAUUCUACUUGAGAUUUAUUGUUAAUUAGUCCUAUUACGUGAAAAUCUUAAAUACAGGAAAAGACCCCCAAGUUCCAGCUUAAGAAGGAGGGGAUGUAGUAUCCUGGAGUAUCCACUAGGGGUCAGUGUUGGUUUAUAUAUAUAUAGGUGAUGUACUUCAUGGUGUGUUCGAAGUAGAGUGCAAUGUGAAGCACGUUGUGAAUUGUUUGUCUUGUGUGUAACUCCAACGCCUCAGUAAAGUGUAAGCUUUGAUAUGCAGCAUCUCUUUGUUGGUGAUUCUUUACUGGAAGAUACUACAGUAAAUCACACGAGGCCAAAGAUCGAGGUGAAAAAGAGAAAUAAAUCGUUCUGCGAUCGUUUAACGCGAUGAGACACGAAGCCUUAAAAACCACAGGCUACUCCAGCCCAAAGAUUAGUGUAGCCCUUGUGUCCGGCUUCACGUGGCUUAGCGUUAACCAGUAUGACAUCACAGUACCGCGUGUUUACACUGUUUCGUGGGCUUUUGAAUCACUCUCGCGGUACUUCAAUGUCUGCGCAUGUCUGCAUGAAGUCAACCACUCAUGCUUGUAACAGGGGUAGCAUUUGUGCGCUCAGUGAUUUAGGGUGUUACAAAACAAGAUUAUUACAUUAAUAUUAUCAAUUAGUAUUGUAAUAAAGCUUUUUAAAUGUUUGUUAAUGAUUAAGUGUCAUUAACAAACUCUGAUUUAAAACAUCAAUAUAUAUGCUACGUAAAUUUUCCUUAAAUCAUCAAAACAUCCAAAUUCAAUGAAACAAAAACAACAACAAUGUAUUUAAGAUGAGACACAU